AUAUUAGUUGAUAAAUGUCUCUGCUUCGUUCUGCUCCUCAUUACUGUUGGAGCUAUGAUGGUUAAGCCUUUGUGCCUGGACACAGCAGCCCGAGUUCGAACACAGCUUGGACGCUGGUUAAGCCUAGAAACGAAUACAGCUGCUGGCUCGCUCAUGUUCUCUCUCUCUGUCUCUCUUUCUCUUAAGUCAGGGAUCAAUUUGACUGGUGAACUUAAUUGGCAAAAUUCAGAGAAUUCGGGUUAG